AUGUGGCUCAUUAAUACCAAAACCUACAAAUUGGAGAACUUUGUUAAUCCGCCACGUAUCUACUCCAUUCUGUCUCACACAUGGGAAGGAGACGAAGUUCUUUUUCAAGACAUGGAGAGCCUCCCUCACGCACGAAGCAAGGCAGGAUGGAAAAAGAUCGAAAUGACUUGCAAAGCAUCCCGUCGAACCAACAUCUCUCACACCUGGGUUGAUACCUGUUGCAUCGAUAAAAGAAGCAGCGCUGAGCUUAGUGAGGCUAUCAACUCCAUGUUUGCGUGGUAUAAGCAGUCUUCGAUAUGCUACGUUUACCUCUCCGACUUAGUCUUCCCGCGCUCGCCGGUUUACUCGCUCAUGCCUAAGUCACUUGCAGCUUUGGCUUUUUCUAAACUCGAACAUAAGCUCAUGACUUGUCGAUGGUUCACUAGAGGUUGGACUCUUCAAGAGUUGAUUGCCCCCGGCCAGGUUAGGUUCUACGACCAAAAUUGGAAUCUAAUCGGGUCAAAGGUUCCAGUAUCAGGCUCGCGGUUCAUCAAGAUCCUGGAAAGGUUGACAGGCAUCCCGAGUUCAGUAUUGGAAUACACGGGCGAUAUCGCCACCAUCCCGGUUGCACAAAGAAUGUCUUGGGCAGCGAGGAGAGAAACGACCCGGGUUGAAGAUAUUGCCUAUUGCCUUUUGGGGAUUUUCGAUAUCAAUAUGCCUCUUUUGUACGGAGAAGGUUCAAAGUCUUUUUUUCGGCUCCAGGAAGAGAUUGCAAAGAACUAUGAUGAUCUUAGCCUUUUCGCUUGGAAACAAGACUCCUCUUCGUAUGGUAUUGGUGUACUUCGAGGAUGCUUUGCCAAUUCACCGGCCGAGUUUGCUCACUGGCUGCACAUUGAAAUAAAGGACAAGCGUUUCGAAUCUGGUAUGGAAGUCACCAGCAAAUAUGUCCAGAUGGACGGUCGAGUCCUUAGACAGGAAGAUCAUCCAGCAGACACCAGGCAAGGCGUGGAUUGUAUACUCGACCUGGGUAUAAGGGACCCUGAUGAUGAGAACAAUUCUCUGGGAAUUCUUUUGAAGAGCUCUGGCAGAAGUAAUACUUACUUUCGAUUGAGGCCCUACGAGCUAAUCAAGUUGCCGCCGAAAACGGUCUUGGUUUAUGACGACGGCUCCUAUGAUGAGUUAUAUGAUGAUUUCGACUCUGACUUUCUUCGUCGGGAGAAUGAAGAGGCGCUGGGUGACUUGGAGCGAAAGACUAUCUCCAUCAGAAAGUCCAUUUCAAUCCAGGAAACUCGUAUGAUGGGUCAUCACCAAAGUCCUGUAUGCAAGAUCCAUUGGCAUGAAGACGUAUUGAAGGUUCUCAAAUCGGUCAAUGGCCGGAGCACUAGAGAAUUUAUACCCUCGUUUAGAUGUCAUGCGAGUUCUGCGUUCCACGACGAUGGGACACUUACUUGGGUCACUGAUUUUGAGCUACAAAUUGACCCUCAACACGUCGUCUCAUUUGUGCUUGCGACCGGACUACAAUGGACAUCCCACAAUUCUCGCCAUUUGACUGGCCUCGCCCAGGUAACGCCAUGCAGCCAAUACUUCUGGGCAGUUCUACUCGGUGAAGGGCAAGCUUGCGCUAUAAGCGAAAGAGAGAACUGCAAUCACCAAUUAACUGCAACUGAGAUACCAGACAAAAUUCACGAGGACAAUUCUGCGAUAGUAAGGCAGAUCAAACAGAUGGAUCACCGUGAGAGAGGAAUAUUUCUCCGUGAAUUUUUCUUGGAACGCUACAGUAAUGAAUCGUAUAAUAUGUUUGAUGAAAGUUGGCUUGGGCUCGUAAGGGUUCCUUCGCCUCUUGACAAAAGGUUGCCUAGUUGCGAUGUAUGGAUAAAAACUACGGGUUGGCUGUUAGGUGGUUAUGGGAUGGUCGAUAUCAACAUUAGGCCAUGCCAUAAAUCAUGA